AUGAUGAACAACUUAAUCACCCUACCCGAACUUAGAAAACCUCUUCAACAUCUUCAAUGUUUCAGUUCUUCAACAAACUACAGCUACCCAUCACAAUCGAUUUUUCAAAAUAGUAAUAUCGAUGUUAAUGCUCCAUUAUCAUCAUCAAUAUCAUCGUCUCCAUUGUAUUUGUACAGUCCAAAUACUUCUAGCUACCAUGAUCAAACCUUAUCUAUCCCAUCUAGCCCUAGAAUUAAUCAGGAGGUAAAAGAUAGUUCUACCCUUGUCUUCUUUGGAGGUGAUCAAGCUAGUUGCAGUUCUAUUUCCGAUGGGAGCUGCCAUUAUGAGUAUCGUAGUACUGUUGGUGUGUAUGAUCAACAUCGUAACAACUUGAGUGAAUCUUACAAGGAAUUUGAUGGGCAUUAUGAUAAGGAAAAAGGGUAUUAUAAGUAUUCUUCAUUAGACUCCAGUCUUGAGGAGAUCAAGUAG